AUGAUUUUCCCGUCAUCAUCGUCAUUAAAAUUACUUUCUUUAUUGUCUCCUCAUAGAAUAAUUUAUCGUCGUUCAUGUACUUUUAGUAGUAGAAGCAAUAAAAUAGACACUUUUGGUUUCAAUAUAAAUAAUAAAAUAAAGUGUCAAUUUCCACAUUCUCCAUUAUUACUCUUAUUACCUCAAAAAAAAAUGAAUAACAACUUGUUUUCAACAACUUCUAAUGCUGAAGUGAGAGAACCACUUUUACCUUAUAUCAAUGAUAAUAAUAAUAAUUCCUCAUUAAUAACUUCAAGAAGAAAGUUCAGUACUAGUAGUAAUAAUAGCAACGAUGAUACUUCUCCAACCAGUGAGGAAUUGAAACGUUGGAGUUGGGUUUGGUGGAAAGAAUGGACUAUUAUUUUUAUCGUUUUCGGAAUUACUGGGUCAACUACUGUUAGGCUCGUUCGGCCCCUAUUAAAUAAUGUUCUUGGUAUUGAAGAAGGUCCAUGGUCAUAUAGAUUUUCUUAUUUAAGUAUUACACUUCCAUUAUACUCAAUAAUUCUUAUUUGUGUAGGUACAUUAUUUCGAAGACAACAAUAUUUUAAAAAAAUUGUAUUUAGAAUGUAUGGAAGGUUUAUUCCAAAUAAAUUAGUUAAUAGAAUUAGUAAUAAAGUUGGUAAUAGGAAUGGUACUAGUAGUACUAAGAGAAAUUCAGAUGAAAAUUUAUAA